CGACAGUAGGCCUAUAUACGGAGGACGCUUUCCGCCCCGCUUAGAACCGUUCUAAGCGUCCUCGAGGCUCAUCUUUCACCUCCCGUGACAGGUGUUCGUCGCGACGGACACUCCGUGGGCGGAAAGGAUAAGUAAGGCCUCGCGGAGGGAGCUCUCCACCCCGUGUUAUGCAGGUAGGACGCCUCACCACAACACCAGGGCAUGCAGACAUGGCGGAAGGGCAGGAGUGUGGUCAGAUCUUCCGGUUCGUUUGCCGCGAUAUUGUGUCCUGCAGAUGACGGGCAGUCUGAUGCCUUCUAACGCGUCCCAGGCGGCUGGCAGAGGUGCCGGUAAGCCACAGGAAGGAUGACAGACACUGCCGUGCGUGUGUGGACGCGAUCCCUCUUUCCUCCCUCGGUGCGGUGUGUGUGUUCUGCGUUAACAGGUUUUGCGUUUGGUUGGUGUGCUCCUUCUCCGAGUAGCGUUGGCGUGAGCAGCAGCGGCGGCAGUAUGAUGGCGUUCCCCCCGGCCGCGUCCAUGGCCCCUCCCACCAGCACCAGCACCGCACACAUGGACGUCGACCACCCCCACACCUCGCCCUCCCCCUCCACAUCCCUGCUCGCCAUCACUGACGCGCCACUCACAUACGUCCCCAGCGCCACCUGGCCUGUGCGUGUGCCCACCGUGGCACACACCCACCAGCACCAGCAGCACCAGCAUGAGAGUUCCAUGGCCGCCGCGUCGCACUCGGGCAAUGUGGACAUGAAGGCAUCGCACCACGAUACGCCGCAGCAUUCCACGGCUCAGCAGGUAGGCUUGUUUGGUUUGGUGGGGAUGAGUGAGUGCGAGAGGAACUCGUCGAGUCUUGUGUGGCCUGCCUGCGGUGUUAUGUUGUGCUGUGUUGUGUUGUGCUGUGUUGUGUUGUGUGCAGGGUGGCACGUCGUGGCACUGCCCGUACGAGGUGCUGCAGCCCGCGCGUGCGCCCAAGCGCCGUGCCGAUAUGAUUGAGGUCGCUAUGGACGCGGACAUGAUGACCGAUAACGUUAAGGUGAGUGAGUGGGGAGAAACCUACACACACACACACACACGCACACAGACACACACACGCACAGGCGGCGUGACUGGAGUGCGUGUGUUGGUGUGUUCAGGAGCUGAUGGAUCGCCCGUAUAAGGCGCAGAGGACCGUCGAGAUGGUCCGAGCACUGCAUUGGUGGGCCGACCACACCACGCACAAAGAACGAACGCUGACAGACAGACUGUUUGUUCACCACCUGCCUGUUCGCCGUGUGUGUGUGUGUGUGGAUGAUGUUGCAGCUAAGUUGUUGAGUGAGGCAUUGGCUAAGUGACGUACGUUCCGACAUUGCCUACAUACCAUAGCUACAUCCUUCCUCCUUGUGCAGAAGGGCGGGCGGGGGGGCGGGGGGAAUGAGAUGGCCGACACCCACCCACUGACUCCAUCAAUCCAAUCAAUGGCUGUCUCGCUCCGUGGCGUGACACUGACUGACUACCUCGUUCGUGUGCUCGUGUACAUCCAUCUAUCCAUCCAUCCAUGUGUGUGUGUGAGGCGUGCAGUGCGUGUGGUGUGCGUGCGCUGUGUGUGUUGACUAUAGUGCCUGCCUAUCUAACCAACGAAUUGACUACCACCCACUCACUCACUCUCUCACUGAGGUCUCAUUCAUUGCGUUGCCAGUGGUAAUGUGCAGCCAGCCAGCCAUCCAGUGUGCAUAUCACAUCACAUCCAUCCCUGUCCAUGUGCUGUGCAGUGGACGCAUCGUAACCUUACCUGCCUAACUGCCUACCUGCCUGCCUGGCUGGCUUCAUGUAAGUGUCUGUGUGUCUGUCUGUCUGUGUGUGUGUGUGUGUCGUGCUGUUCAUCCAUCGCACGGACGUUUUCCGCUGCUCGCGCGAAGAGGGCCCCUUCCCAAAUUACCGGGCAGCCCCGGGUUUGCGAGCGCGUCCGCCUUUUCGACUGUGUGCGUGCGUGUGCAUGUGUGGCGGCAAUAUCAAGCAUAGGCCUGUCUGUGUGUCUGUCUGUCUGUCUGUCUGUGUAGGUUGGUGGUACCCUAAUGCGUGCGUGUCGGAGUGAGCGGAGUGGCUGACGGCUGCGUGUGGACGGGACGUACAGACAUACAUACACACAGUUACCUCCCCUCCCUCCUAUCUGUCUGUAUUUGUCUGUCUCUGUAUCUGACUGUCUGGGGGGGUGGGUGACGGCGCGGUGUGACGGCACGGCUGGGUGUCGGUUUUCGCCACAAUGAUAGCCUAUCGUCUCUUCUCCCCCUCACCACGUUCUCCUAUUCCGUGUGUGAGUGCGCUGCGUGUCUUUCUGGCGGCUGACUUGCCACCUGGGUACGUCUCUGUUCUGUGGAGGCCCGUGUCCGGUGAUUCCACAGAGACGUGCCAGGGAGGAGUACAGGCGGCCAGAGGGGCACACAGCGCACAGCACACCAACCAAUGAAUGCAAUGCACAACCAGUCCAUUCCCUGUCGGUCGAAAGUGGGGCGUCUGGCUGGGUUUCCUGGUUUGAUUCGAUCGUGUGCUUGGUGUGAGGGUGUGCGACGGCUGUGAGACAUGCUCGAUGGAUCAGCGAGCAUAUUCUAUGGUCGUUCAUACAUACCCACACACAGGCGGUCGCGACUAUACAAGCGAGAGGGCAGAACAGCAGCGCAGGAGUGCGUGAAUGUGUCGGCCUGUCUGUCUGUCUGUCUGUGUGUCUGUGUGAGUGGCCUUCCCGUCGUCAGUUCCGCUUUGGUGGACGUGAGGGGCGGCUGGACAGCCCUCUCCCAGCGAUACCCCACUUCGCUGGGAGCGUGUACUCCAGCAGGCCCUGACGGCCUCAGGGAGCAGAACUGAGACAGACGGAAGGAAGGCAAGCUGAGGAGGUAGUCAGAACACUUGUGAGCGAUAUGCAUGAGGCCUACACACUGACUGACAUGGAUGCAUGGGAUGCAUGCGCAUGUGGCGGACUUGAGCGUAGAGACGAAUGAAUGGACAUACAUACACAUGCACACACGCUCGUAUCAAUCGUAACCAUCAGGUCGGUCUGCUG